AUGCUCGAUUCCGUCCUCGCGAGGCGUCCGCUUAUCUCACCGCACUCGACUCUGCUCUUGCUUGCGCUCACACUCUUCGUUGCCACAUCCUUGCCGGCUGUAACAGCUUUUCCAGUGCUACGGGACGAAAUCGGUGACAACGAUGAGGUGACACGUCGACUCAGUGGAGGCGGUGGCAAGGACAAGAACAAGACCGUGCCCUUUAACUCGUGGGGCAACACGAUCGAUACGCUGAAGUACGUCCUGGCCUUCGUUAUCGUACUCGUGGCGGCCCACCCUCUUGGACUGUACUUUCCCAGGCUGUUCAAGCUACCGCUCAUUACGGGCUACCUCUUCAUCGGGAUCAUUGCGGGUCCUUUCAUCGCUAACCUGAUCACACAAGAGAUGGUGUCGUUGCUCGCGAGCUACGUGAGUGCUCUCGCACUGUCAUUCAUCUCAUUCCAGGCCGGUCAGGAAAUCUACUGGCCGGAACUGAAACCCCAAGUCAAGUCGAUCAUGGCUCUGCUCGGUGUCUUGUACGUGACUGCCAUGAUCAUCCUCACAUCGGCCACUAUGCUUACCGAGAGUUUCUUCUUCUACGAUGACAUGGGCAUGCUGUGUCAAUUGGGCAUUGCGCUGAUGUUCGGGUCCAUCUCGGUCCUGGGAUCACCAGCAACGGUCAUGGCCAUCAAGAUUGAGCUCAACAGUGCCGGUCCCUUUACGAGUCUGAUGCUCGGGGCGACCAUGACAGCUGAGUUUAUCGUGCUCAUCUCGUUCUCCAUUGCCCGCAUUAUCUGCUCCACCUACUGUGCGAAGCUCGACGUGUCAUUUCUGAACCUCAUGUUUAUCAUGGGUAUCGUGGGGUCCAACAUCUUGGUCGGAGUUCUUCUGGGCGGCGUGAUUAUCCUGAUCUUCAAGAUUCCUGGAGGCGAGGCGCAUCACGAUGGCCAUGGUGAGCAUCAGGAAGGCCAAGUAACAGCAGGACCUAGUGACGCGUCGUAUCUCGACCAGAGAACGGAUGCCAAAGGAGCUCAUUUGAACCCGAACAUGGAGCCGGGACCGAGCGAUAGGGCCGGCGAUUGUACGAUGGAGGAACUUCGCCACACACCUUCGCCUGCCUUUUUGUCUCCGCAGGCUUCGCUGGGGUUGAAGGGUUUCAUUUGGCUGACCAUGGGGUACAUGUUCUACGUCUCAACCUCCGUCCUCGCAGAAGCCACUGCAGCAGCAUUUGGGCUAUCAUGGGAAAUCAAGUUCGAAGCGCUCCUUGUGCUCAUGAUUGCGUCGUGUGUCGCUGGACACUACGAGCCUAUCCGUCACGACAUGCACGUGAUCCUCGACACGACCGCACCAUACAUGUUCUUGCCGUUCUUUGUCAUGACCGGAGCAGCACUGAAGCUGGAUCAAGUGCUGGCAGCCGUUCCACUCAUGACUGUGUAUGUCGUGCUGCGCUAUAUCGCAAUCUUCAUCGCUUGCUACUUCGGUGGCCGCUAUAUCCUCAAGCUCACGCCGAUGCAGUACAACAACUUGUGGCUAACGAUGACCCCACAGGCUGGCGUAGCGUUGGGGUUAGCCAACGAGGUGAAAGCCAUGAGUGAUGAAUCGUGGGCAAUGGAGUUCGCGGCAACGAUUGUGGCUGCUGUCGUGGUGAACCAGAUCAUCGGUCCGCCACUGUGUGCAAUGGGCUUGAGUCGUGCAGGCGAAACGCUGAAAGACCGCAUGCUGACUCAGGCUGAUGCGCCCAAAGAGGAUAUGGACCAUAUGGAGAAGAGUUUCCACGGUGGUCGCUCCAGCAUCGUUCAUGUUAAUGCUGGCUUCGGUAACAGCGUGGUGCAGGGUGGUGGCUUCGGCAACAGCAUUCACGGCGGCGGGUUUGCAAGAGGCAGUUUGUACGAUAUGGGUCGGAUCACGAUGUCGGGUACGACCAGGUGCAAUGGAGACCCUCGAUCGCUUCUGCCCUUUACCAAAGUGCAAAAUGCGGUUGUCAUUGGCGAUGACGAAGUGGCUUUUGAGAUUGCUCUCGAACUCUCGCUCUACGGUGCGCGGGUCAACGUGCCUCUCUUGGACCAAGAACGCACUACGAAGUGGCAAAAGAUGAAUGAGGCAAUUCUGCACCGCGCUGCAAAAGGAGACCUCAUCUCAUACAAGAACACACUCAAGGACCGGGAGAAUGCGCAAGCCAUGUCAGCGGCAGAUGUGAUCAUCUUCACGGGUGACUCUAACCGCACGCGCGAGAACGUGCAGAUGUUGAAGUCGUUGCUGGGCGCAGCACACCCGCGCAUGAUUGCAUUCGUGCCGGACUGCAAGUUCAGCAAGGAGAUGAAGGCGCAGGGAGUUUUGGUGAUCCAGCCGUCUAUUGCAUUGGCAAACAUUGCGACACGAAUGGCACUACUCGACGCAAAGUUGGCGGAGGCGCUGUCGAACGAGAUCAGUACAACAAGCGAUUUCAGUACGGCCUCGUACUUCUUAGGUGGCCACGGCGGAGAUUUGGCAGAUUUGCGUCUGGAAGGCCGUCGCAUGGCGCUUGGCCGAAAUGUGGUGAACCACCACUCGGUGGACUACGAUCGUCUUGCUGAGGCUCUUACAAGCGAGAACUUACCGAUGCCGCCCCCACCAUCGCGUGUAGCAAUGUUUGGUACUUCGUCAGCUUCCGGCUUCGACCCGUUCCAGCGCGACACGAGAUCUGGUUUUUUCGUAAUGCACGAGGACCACGAUGAAGCCGACGAGAUUGUCUUGGAUACACACACUGGAUCUUACACGACACGUGGCAAUUCGAGGCUAAGUGUCCAGCGACCUUCAGCUCAACUCGGAGCAAGUCGUGUGCGAGGGGGCAAUGUUGCUCGUGGCAAACGCACUCCUGGCUCUAAUAAGCCCCGGUAUUGA